UCCUGUAUAUAUAUAUAUAUAUCUCCCCACACACGCACACAUACACACACGCACAGCAGAGCAGAGCAGUGAGACUCCGAGGAGCAGCAAGCGCUCUCCUCUCCCCUCCUCUCUCAUCCUCUCCUCCUCUCUCCCCUUCCUAUCUCCCCCAUCCUCUCCUCCUCUCUCCUCUUCUCUCUCCUCCUCCUCUCUCCCCUUCCUAUCUCCCUCAUCCUCUCCUCCCCUCUCCCCUCUCUCCUCCUCUCCUCUCCCAUCCUCUCUCCCCGUCUCCUCUCUCAUCCUUUCUCCUCCUCUCUCUUCUCUCUCAUCCCCUCUCCUCUCCCAUCCUCUCCUCUCCUCUCCCAUCCUCUCCUCUCCUCUCCCAUCCUCUCUCCUCGUCUCCUCUCUCAUUCUUUCUCCUCCUCUCUCAUUCUCUCUCCUCUCCUCUCCUCUCCUCUCCUCUCCUCUCCCAUCCUCUCCUCUCUCCUCCUCUCCUCUCCCAUCCUCUCUCAUCGUCUCCUCUCCUCUCCUCUCUCACCCUCUCCUCUCUCAUCCUCUCCUCUCCUCUCUCAUCGUCUCCUCUCUCAUCCUUUCUCCUCCUCUCCCAUCCUCUCCCAUCCUCUCCCAUCCUCUCCUCUCCUCCUCUCUCCCCCAUCCUCUCUCCUCACCUGCUCCGCGCUUAUUCCUCUCCCCGGAGGCUGCGAGACCCGAUGGAUUUGAAAGGGGAGCCCGAAGAUGCGGAGAGGACGCCGCCUUGCAGCGUGCAGGCUUUCGCCGGCAGCUCCACUCUGCACGGGAUCAGUCACAUCUUCACCUACGGGCGCCUGUCGUUCAGGCGAGCCGUGUGGACGCUGGCUUUCCUGGGCUCCCUGUCCCUCCUCGCCCACGUCUUCGUGCAGAGGGUGAGAUACUACCUGGAGUACCCGCAUGUCACCAAGCUGGACGAGAUCAGCGCCUACAACCUGACCUUCCCGGCCGUCACCAUCUGCAACCUCAACGAGUUCCGCUUCAGCAAGAUCACCAAGAACGACCUGUACCACGCCGGCGAGCUGCUGGCGCUGCUCAACAACAAGUUCGAGAUCCCCGACCCCUACGUGGCGGAGAAACACGUCCUGGAUGUCCUGGUGGAGAAGGCCAACUUCGGCAACUUCAAGCCCAAGCCCUUCAACAUGAGGGAGUUCUACGACCGGGCUGGCCAUGAGAUGAAGGACAUGCUCCUGGACUGCAAGUACCGAGGCAAAGAAUGCACUCACCAGCAGUUCCAAGUCGUAUUUACGAGGUACGGCAAGUGCUACACUUUCAACUCGGGCCAGACUAAAGACCAGCCCAUCUUGACCACCCUGAAGGGCGGAACAGGGAACGGUCUGGAACUGAUGCUGGACAUUCAACAGGAUGAGUACCUUCCCGUCUGGGGUGAAACAGAUGAAACCUCCUUUGAAGCUGGUAUAAAGGUUCAGAUCCACGGUCAGAAUGAGCCGCCGUUUAUCGACCAGCUGGGUUUCGGUGUGCCACCGGGCUUUCAGACGUUUGUGUCGUGCCAGGAACAGCGGCUAAUCUACCUGCCUCCCCCCUGGGGCGACUGCAAAUCUACUCCCAUGGACUCGGACUUCUUUGACACCUACAGCAUCACCGCUUGUAGGAUUGACUGUGAGACCCGGUACUUGGUUGAAAACUGUAACUGUCGCAUGGUUCACAUGCCAGGUGAUGCCCCGUACUGCACUCCCGAACAGUACAGAGAGUGUGCUGACCCAGCCCUAGGGUUCUUGGUGGAGAAGGACAGUCUGUUUUGCACAUGUGAGACGCCGUGCAACAUGACGCGCUACGGUAAGGAGCUGUCCAUGGUUAAAAUUCCCAGCAAGGCUUCGGCCAAAUACUUGGCCAAAAAGUACAACAAGUCGGAAGAUUACAUAGGGGAGAACAUCCUUGUGCUGGAUAUCUUCUUUGAAGCACUAAACUAUGAGACGAUUGAACAGAAGAAAGCCUAUGAGGUUGCUGGCUUGCUGGGUGACAUCGGAGGGCAAAUGGGAUUAUUUAUUGGAGCGAGCCUUCUGACAAUCCUGGAAGUCUUCGACUACGUGUAUGAGGUGUUGAAGCACAAACUCUGCGGCUUGCUGAAGUACGGCAAACAGCAGAAGCGAAACAACAACAACAAAGGAGUCACCCUGAGCCUGGAUGACAUCAAGCGCCAUAACCCAUGCGAGAACCUGAGGACCCACCCAGGCGGGAUGACGUACCCGGCCAACAUCCUACCUCACCAUCCGCCCCGCAGCACCUUCGAGGACUUCACCUGCUGAUGGCGGCGCCGACCACACGUCCGGCCACGACUGGCAACACCCACAUCCCCCCCCCCCCCCCCCCCCCACCCACUUAUCCCGCCGUUCAACGAGCAGAGAGGAGACUGGGCCAGCCACGGAGAUGGGGGGGGGGGGGUGGGGGUGGGGAGCUGUCCAAACCUGACCUACCAAAGUCAUUGAACAAACCUUCUGGAGACAACACUCAAACGCAAAGCAACAACCCGCCUCCACGCUGAACGGCAGUCUUGGGGAUGGCGGUUCCGUGGACUCUGCUCACUAACUUUUCAAACAAAGAAGAAGAAGAAAAACAACUUUUUUCUCUCAUCUAGAGUCAUAUUCCAGUUUUGUAAAAGGGAUUUUUUAUUCACUCUUUCUCGUAAACGCUCGUUCUGUAGGCCGCUUGUGUUACCGUGUGUGAUCAUGUUCUUAAGCUUAAAGAGAGAAGCAUUUAGACUCCAUCAUCCAUCAUCCCGUGUGAUCACCAGUCAUUUUACCGCCAUUUUGCUUUUGUCCAUCGGCAACCUUGUUGGUCCUGUCGCCAAAUGGUCACUUUACACUAGAGUCGGUUGGAGAGAGCGGGGGGGGGUAGGCAGGGCAGUGCAGGUUCUGUGAAUGGGUUGGUGCAUUGGCGAGUUCGACCCCACCGAAACACACGGUCGCCGCGGUGAAUCGGUAGGGACCAGUGACAUAGCCGGCUGCUAGCUCAUCCAUUUUGUUCUGCAAAUCCCGAGCUUCCACCAGCUCCUGCAAUGCCCUCGCUGCUCAGAGUGCUGAGAGUCGUUGGGCCCAAACACCACACUUCAGUGGCCGACCUGAUCCCCUGGGUGACGAUCAGAUGGCCAUGGGGCAGGGUGCCUGCCACCAACGAGGGGGUGGCGCAGCGGUAGAGCUGCCGCCUGCAGCGCCGGAGACCCCGGGUUCCAUCCUGACCUCGGGUGCUGUCUGUGUGGGGUUUGCACGCUCUCCCCGUGACCUGCGUGGGUUUUCUCUGAGAUCUCCGGUUUCCUCCCACACUCCAAAGAUGUACAGGUUUGUAGGUCAAUUGGCUUCUGUAAAUUGUAAAAUUGUCCUUAGUGUGUGUGUGUGUAGGGUAGUGUUAGUGUGCGGGGAUCGCUGGUCGGCACGGACUCGGUGGGCCGAAGGGCCUGUUUCCGCGCUGUAUCUCUCAACUAAGAAAAACUAGAAAAAAGUACCUCGAGUCGGGUUUGGCUCUUAGAUCGAACCUGGACUUCAGGAAGAAUCUUUUCUAUGUUAAUUUAUUGAUCAAUAGAUAAAGGCAAGGACAACUCCUGUUCCCUCCUUGUGUUUCCAUGGGGUGCCAUUAGUCUGGUAUGUUCCUCCACUCUCUCCGGCGACCUGCCGAGCUUCUGGUAACGGUAGGAGAGCGUUCAGGAUCUGUGUGUGUGGCCCGCCUCCACCACAUCGAGCCUUUGACCCACGGGCGGAAGGUAGACUUAUCCUGAAGCGAAGGCGGACAGAAAAAGCUGGAGUAACUCAGCGGGACAGGCAGCGUCUCUGGAGAGAAGGAAUGGGUGAGGUUUCGGGCCGAGACCCUUCUUUCACAUUGUCCUGAUGCGAGCUCCCUGAUAGAAGACCACAGCCUGUUUGAGACUGUAGUGUGCGGUGACCAUUGAUGUAGAUGAUCUUGGCUCAGACCUGGGUUCAUUCCCACCCCUGUAUUAUACUCUUACAAACGUGCCAUGCAAGAUGUCAUGCAUCUGAUGUUUGAAGGAGAGUUUCCACAGAGGCAUCUAUCUGUCUGCAUGAAUCUGUCUUCUGUCUCCGAUGACGAGAGUCAUGCGAGGCUCGGUACUAACUGUGACGCUCGCGGGCAUUUUAAAUGACUGUCAGAAUGAGAGGAUGUGGUGGCAGUGAGUGGGACUACCUGCCGCAAAGACCUCCGUGGACCGUGCGCUGGUUAUGUGAGAGCUGAGAGCCGUGCAGGACAAGGGGCUGUCAGACACUGAGAAUCAGCCAAGCCCCCCUGUGACAAGCAACAGGAGCGCAGACACCCACAACAGCAACAAAACAGGUGCCAGUGUUGGCCGUCCGGACUUAGGACGUCCUUAAAGUGAGCACAGGACAUGGCCGUUCCCAGGGAAACCUCCGCCCAUAGGUCCUUGCCAACACCACAAAGUCAGCAACGUGCUUGGGCUUUGAGUCGUGUGUGUGUUCCCCUCCCCCCCCCCCCACACUUUGAUCGGUGAUUGGUUGCACAUUGAAGGUGACCCACCAAUAGACAAUAGGUGCAGGAGUAGAGGCCAUUCGGCCCUUCAAGCCAGAACCGCUAUUCAAUAUGAUCGUGGCUGUUCAUCCCCAAUCAGUACCCCGUUCCUGCCUUCUCCCCAUGUCCCCUGACUCCGCUAUCUAUAAGAGCUCUAUCUAACUCUCUCUUGAACGCAUCCAGAGAACCGGCCUCCACCGCCCUCUGAGGCAGAGAAUUCCACCAGGUUUUGGGCCCCAUAUCUGAGGAAGAAUGUGCCGGCUUUGGGAGGGGGCCCAGAGGAGUUUUGCGAGCAUGAUCCUGGGGGAGAUUGGGUCGAUGUACGACGGCACUGGGCCUGCACUCGCUGGAGUUUAGAAGGAUGAGACGGAUAAUUGAAACGUACAGAAUAGUGAAAGGCCUGGAUAGAGUGGAUGCGGAGAGGAUGUUUCCACUAGUGGGAGAGUCUAAGACCAGAGGGCACAGCCUCAGAAUUAUAGGACGUUCCUUUCGCAAGGAGAUGAGGAGGAAUUUUUAUUUAGUCAGAGGGUGGUGAAUCUGUGGGAUUUGUUGCCACAGACGGCGGUGGAGGCCACAAGUCAGUGGAUAUUUUUAAGGCAGAGAUAGAUUGUUGAUUAGUGCGGGUGUCAGGGGUUAUGAGGAGAAUGGGGUUGGGAAGGAGAGAUAGAUCAGCCAUGAUUGAAUGGCAGAGUAGACUUGAUGGGCCGAAUGGCCUCGUUCCGCUGCUGGAACUUAAUGCCACAUUGCUGUUGCAGUAACAGCAUUGGUGGUUUUUUGUUAAAGCAGUUUUGCAUGUGGAAAGUGCAGUGCUGUGGGACUCACCACCCACAGUGGCCGAAUCUUGCCUCCGCCUGGUGCCUGCUCUCACGAGCCCACGGUGAAGAGUCACGAUGACAGACGCACGGGGCUGGAGUAACUCCGCGGGACAGGCUGCAUCUCGACAGGAGGAAUGGGUGGCGUUUCGGGUCGAGAGCCAGACGCUGACAAGGGGUGUGAACAAACGGAUAACGUUCCCCCCGCCCCUUCGAGAUGAGGACAUUUUGGGCUGAUUAAGCAAGACUUGUCAGUGGUGCAGUUGGAACGGGCUGGCUACAUUUAACAAAGGGACGAACAGGCGCACUGCUUUCAGCACCCUCUGUUCUGAAGCUUUGCCUAUGUGGAGCGCAGAUUAAGAUUUGCUUCCCAAAUAAGGCAGGGCACAUGCUUCCAACGGCCCAUCCCACUUGGGCGUCAUUUGCAUGUAAUUUACGCAAAAUCAUUUGCCCGUCACGACAUGCACAGUGCGCGUGGUGAUGUAGGCAGUCGCGCGCGGCGCCCCAGGAUUUUGGGAUGUACAAAAUCUUCGCGUGACACGCAAAUGACAUCCAAGUGGGACGGGCGUUUUGCUUGAUGCAGGGAGGAAGGUGGAGGAGGGAGUGCUGGCAGUUCAAUCCACAAGACACAGUUUUCCAGGCUGUUUCUUUGCAUCCCCCCCCCUCACCAGAACGUCCCACUUUGCCCCCUGGAAAGGAAAGAUUGCAGUGAGAUAGAUAGAUCAAUGUGGUCUGGUCCGGUUGUUCAUCGUUGCCGAGACUUCACGCUGCCUUGCCUCCCAUUCCCCAUGAGUGGCGGCCAACAGGAAGAGCUCGGACAAGUCCUUCGAAUGUUUAUAUCGUUCGGUGGGCGAGAUGGGAGAGCGAUAUCUCGUGACCGGUGCCGCCAUAUAACACCAGAGACAUCCCCAUCGCCUUGCAUCCUCGUCAUUUAAGCUUAACGUGCUAUGUAUAGAAGCCAUUAGACGCCUGUAAUACUGCAAAGCUACUGUGUCAUUCCUUAUUACUGACUUCAGACUGCCUUUACUUGUAUGGGAAACAAAGCAAACAUUUAACAUUGGAUCUAUAUGUACUAUGUACAAGUUUUAUUCAGAAAAAGCACAAGGUAGUGUAGGAGGAUGGUCCACUAUCAUUGUCAACCGUGAUGGGAGCUGCAAUGAAUGGUUUCUGUAGCUGAAGCAAACAUUGUCACUUCUUCACCUUUGGUUGUCAUCUUGCGAUAUUUUGCUGUCCUGAAAGGUUGGUCUCGAUUCAGAUUUUCGCCCAAUGAUCAAAAACGUGAUUUUUUGUUUUGUUUUCACUGGGAACCUUAGGAUGUUUAAGUGGGGAGCCAGCGCGAGAUUCUUCUUCACUGCUCCCCAGAUCCUCUCCAGUUUGGUUUUUUUUUUUGUGUUUCAUGUUGCUUCACCUCAGCUAAAAAUGGCCGUUCUGUGAAACAAGCAUUACAUCGGUGGCAGUGUUUUCCAUCCCAUCCGCGAGUCAGGGUGGACUUACACAAGUGAAGAGGUGACCUGCUGAAGAAUUGUUCGAUCCUGAGCAGUUCAGGUCAGUUUUGGAUAUACACACACACACACACACAGUCAUAGAGAUAGGAGCUUUCAAAUCACAAAGAUCAUGGCUUCUUGUGGGGAAACCAAUUUUCAAGUAUAUUGUACCUGCCGUCAGCAAAGAUGCCCUUCUUUACAUAUAUGAUAUUAAUAAAUAUAUAUCAUAGUAUGCCAUUGUGAAUGUGAAGUGUUUUCAUUAUUGGAAAGUGUCGGCCUCUCUUGAUCCCUUUUCUCUGGCGUUCAAUGUUCAACCUCCUGGUCCAAAGGCAGAGAACAAGCUGGAGGCGAUUUGCGGCCUUGCACCCACAUUGGCAGCGGUAGAGUCGCUGCUCCACAGCGCCAGAGACCCGGGUUCAACUCCUGACCACAGGUGCUGCCUGCAUUAAUGUUGUACAUUCACCCCGUGACCUGCGUGGGUUUUCUCCGGGAUCUUCGGUUUCCUCCCACACUCCAAAGACGUACAGGUUUCAGAUUCAGAUUCAAUCUUUAUUGUCAUUGUGCAGUGUACAGUACAGAGACAACGAAAUGCAGUUAGCAUCUCCCGAGAAGAGCGAACAUAGAGUAAUGAGCAAUAAAUAUAUAUACGUACAUACAGUCGUGGUAGUGCAAUUUUUCUGGGGGAAGGAGUGACUGGCAGUCACCAAGGUGCAGAGUUAAGUUGUGUAACAACCGCAGGAAAGAAGCUGUUCCUGUACCUGCUGGUCCUCUCCGGCAACGGAGAGACCUGUAGCGCCUCCCGGAUGGUAGGAGGGUAAACAGUCCGUGGUUGGGGUGAGAGCAGUCCUUGGCGAUGCUGAGCGCCCUCCGCAGACAACGCUUGCUCUGGACAGACUCAAUGGAGGGGAGCGAGGAACCGGUGAUGCGUUGGGCAAUUUUCACCACCCUCUGCAAUGCCUUCCGGUCGGAGACAGAGCAGUUGCCGUACCAUUUGGUAAGGAUGCUCUCGAUGGUGCAGCGGUAGAAGUUCACCAGGAUCUGAGGGGACAGGUGGACCUUCUUCAGUCUCCUCAGGAAGAAGAGACGCUGGUGAGCCUUCUUGACCAGUGUUGAGGUAUUGUGGGUCCAAGAGAGGUCAUCUUGUAGGUUAAUUGGCUUGGUAUUACGAUAAAUUGUCCCCCAGUGUGUGCAGGAUAGUGUUCGAGGUCGGUGUGGACUCGGUGGGCCGAAGGGCCUGUUUCCGCGCUGUAUCUCUACAGUCUAAA